CCUGAUCAGUAGUUUUGUGGCUGCUUCUAUCAAUACCAGGCGAAUGCUGGAGCAGUACCGUAACGAACGGGCUACGGAUUGCAUGCUCCCCUCUUGUUCUUACAUGCACCACACACACAUUUUGAUCUUUAACUUCUUUUUAAUAUUUAUAUUUUUCGAUUAACUUUAUGUGAAAUAAAGGCAAUUUUAAAAACAAGCUUGUCUCAAGUACGGCCGAUUUUCUUACUUCUUCUUUCUCACAAAUAAUGCCCUAAAAUGUAUGGAAUGUAAACUGAAAUUUACAGGUUAUGAAAUAAUAAUUUAGUCACAUUGGAGAUUUCAUUGGUGUACGGUGAACGAUCCCGUCCAAUGAACGACUCGGAAUGUUUAGAUUACCAUGGCAACGUGCUGCAACAAACAUUUUAAAGCAUAAUCAGAAUGUCAGUUCUGCAAUGCGUGAAAUCCGGAUAAAACUUGAACAAGAUAGAACAACACUCAUUCCAUUACCAGAUUUUGAAACAGCACAUGCUGACAAUGCUGAUUGUACAUCAAAUAUUAUAGAGAAGAGGGAGGAGAAAUUGAUAUCUUGGCAAGAAAAGAUUUUCAGCCCCUUUGAAGUAUCAUACUAUACUCAUAUAGGAAAUUGCCAUAACCCUUUAGAAGAAAAGUACCAUAAUGAAGUGACUACCCUCUUUAAAGGUUGUGUUCCAUCAAGAAAAAUAUUUACAUACACUAAUGCAGAUAAUUUCUCUGAAAUUGAACAUACAAACAGCCUUACUUCAGAAACAAAAUCUGUGUCUACAGUGCUAGGUCUAGGAAUGUCAGAAAUGCAACAGAAGCGACGCUUUCGGCGAAAUAAAUCACAUUUAAAAGAAAUACGUCUGGCUAAUCGCCAUAUUGUAGAUUUUUCUCCAACUGAUGAAAUAAAAAAAACAAACCAUUUUCUUCAAUGUUCAUUUCAAUCAUUUUAUAUAUUAGCUGAUUUAAGUCCCAAGGAAAGUUCUGAGCAAGAAGAUUGGAUUGGGCGAUCAGAAUAUGUUCUCUGUACAAUUAAAUAUGAUACUGAUUCAAACAUAGUGUAUGUGACACCAGACUUUAGUUCUCCUGCUCUCAAUGGACAGUCAACACCAUACUAUAUUGAAGUAGAUGGUGAUUCACGUAAUGUAUAUCAAUAUUGGCUUGAACAUGCUUCAGAGUCACUAGUGGAAGAAGAUAAGGAGAAAGAGGAAGCAAUUCUGUGCCAGCUUUUAGGUCGCCAACUUGACAUCCGACAAAUGAAAGUUGGGACAGAAUUUGAUGUUCCUCAUAGAAAUAUCAUCAUGAUGUACAUUUUGGGAGAAAUAGUAUGUGCUGAAGAGUUUGAAUAUAAUGAUUUAUUUGUACAUUUUCUCUUUGAACUUCCAAAAGGUUGGAGUUGCAGCAAUCAGCAGUUGUCAGGUAUCACACAGAAAUGUCACACUAAUGGUACAGGAUCUGCUUAUUUUGGUCAUCUGUUCGAAACACACUUAUUGCUAAAGGUGGAAUCUCUUCCAGCAGAAGCAGAUUCCGUCCCCUCUUGGCCCCAGCUGUUUGUUGAAGUAUUGUCUCUUGACUCUUGGGGUCGUUUCCGUGUUGAAGGUUACUGUUUCUUAAAAGUGCCUCCUCAUCCUGGACAACACCAUUUUGCAUUACCCACGUGGCGACCUAUAACAAAUGGACCAAGUGGAGAAUUGCGAAGGUUUUUUAUAGGUGGUGCUCCAGGAUUUGAAGACUUAUCUUCAGUGGGAAUUCCCGCAACUUUUGAGGGUGCGCACUUGAGCAAACUAGGGCUAAAGACUACUGGCAGUGGAAUAGUACAUUUACGUCUCAAUAUUCUACAUCAGUCAUCAGAAAUAAGUUCAGACACAUCAAAUUUGGAAAACUCAGAAAAUAGAAAUCGUCAUUCAUUUCUGUUGGAACGACUCAGCGCAUCAACAAUAGUAAAUAGUGUAAACUCUGUUAUGACUGCCUUUAAAAAGGCCCGUGAACGUAUGAUACGAGCAAGAGAAGGCUUGGAUAUUUAAGCAUGGUUUUACUCUUACAAUCAGAUUACCAAGGUGUUGAGUUCUUUAUAUCUGUGAUGCAUAUAAUUUAUUUUCAAUUUAUAUGCAUAAGUAAUGUAUUCAAUAAUAUAGGUACUUUAUUUUCAAUUUGUAUUCCAUGGACUGUACUCUUAUUUAAAGUGAUAAGUUUGUAAAAUCAAUAGUUUUCAAACACCCUUAAUAAAAUUAAAAGUUUUACAAAGAAAUUGUUGAUGGUAUAACAUAAAUAAUUUAAUGCAUUUAAUACAAUUAUUUAGUUAUAAUAAUUAAAAAUACAAUUAUAAAAAAGUAACUUCUUUGAAAUAAUCAGGGUAUGAAAACAUUGGUGUAUUAACUAUGUUUAUUAAUAAAUGUUUGAACAAAGUUUAUUUAGGUUCCCAUUCUACCGCGGAUGUAUGUAUCAGAUUGGCCGAGAUUGUUUCAAAAUGGUCAAUUUUACUUAUAAACAUAAUUUUUAGUAAAUUAUUUUGCAUACUUGUUUUAAAUACUGAGGUAGAGACCGCCAGAGUUGGGGCAGGUAUUAUCCCAACACACAAACAGUUUUGUUUGUGGACUGGAUGGUAAUAUAGUUUAAUAAAAUUAAAAAAUAUACGGACAAAUAUGGGUAAAUUGUGAAAUAUUUAUAACUGUCUGUUAAAAGUAUUGAAUUAAGUAUCUAUUUAUUAAAGACAAUUUAAAGUCAAUUUCAAAUUAGUGCUUUAUGAUUGGCACAAAUUUGUGCAAUCGUUAAUUAGAAAUGGAUUGUCUCUAAUCAAUAGAUACUUACAAUCCAUCCAAUACAAAUGAG